AUGAAUUCAAUCGCUUCAGGUGGAGAAUGCUCUAUCUUGGAAGCUGAACUUAGAGCGAUAGAAACAGGAUUGCAAUUGUGCACGACACGUGGAAUUAGGAAAGUCUGGAUAGAGACUGAUUCAAAGGCGGCACUUACCUUGAUUAAACAAAACAAUGGUCCAUGGGGAGUUCAAUAUAUCUUGCAAUCCAUUAGAUGGCAUCUGGAGAAAAUGAAGAAUAAAAUUACUCACACUUGGAGGAAAGGUAACCAAGCAGCCGACUGGUUUGCAUCCAAAGGUCACAGAGAAAGGAAGUAUAAAUGGUUAGAAGCUAGCGAAUUCAAGGGUAGAAUCAAAGGAAUUGUGAUACUUGAUAAAAUUGGUUUGGAGAUUAUCAGAUUAGUUCCUAAUUAG